CCAUGCCCGCCGCCGACACCGCCGGGCCGCCCGUUGCGGGCGCAACGCAUGGAGCGUGAGCGACGGCGGUCGCCGGGCUGAGCCGCGCCGAGCGGCCGGGACGUGGAUGCAGCCGCGAUCUCCCGCCCCCGCCCCGCUGAGCAGGAGCUGCUCCCGGACAAGAUAUGAGAAAUGAGUGUUGGACGUCGAAGAAUAAAGUUGUUGGGUAUCCUCAUGAUGCUAAAUGUCUUCAUUUAUUUGAUUGUCGAAGUCUCCAAAAGCAGUAACCAAGAAAAAAAUGGAAAGGGGGAAGUAAUAAUACCCAAAGGAAAGUUCUGGAAGAUAUCUGAACCUCCUGUGGCAUAUUGGAACAGAGAACAGGAAAAGCUGAACAGGCGAUACAAUCCCAUUUUGAACAUGUUGACCAACCAGACAGGGGAAGUAUACGGGUUUUCUAAUAUAAGCCAUCUGAAUUAUUGUGAACCUGACCUGAGGGUCGCAUCAGUAGUUUCAGGCUUUGACAAUUUGCCUGACAGGUUUAAAGACUUUCUUCUGUAUUUGAGAUGUCGAAAUUACUCACUGCUUAUAGAUCAGCCAAAUAAGUGUGCAAAGAAACCCUUCUUAUUGCUGGCGAUUAAGUCGCUCACUUCACAUUUUGCUAGAAGGCAAGCAAUUCGGGAAUCCUGGGGCAGAGAAACCAACGUGGGGAACCGAACAGUGGUGCGAGUCUUCUUACUGGGCCAGACGCCCCCAGAGGACAACCAUCCUGACCUUUCAGAUAUGCUGAAAUUUGAGAGUGAGAAGCACCAAGACAUUCUUAUGUGGAACUACAGAGACACUUUCUUCAACUUGUCUCUGAAAGAAGUGCUCUUUCUCAGGUGGGUGAGCACUUCUUGCCCAAACGCAGAGUUUGUCUUUAAGGGCGAUGACGAUGUGUUUGUGAACACCCAUCACAUCCUGAAUUACUUGAAUAGCUUAUCCAAGAACAAAGCCAAAGAUUUGUUUAUAGGAGAUGUGAUCCACAAUGCUGGUCCUCAUCGGGAUAAGAAACUGAAGUACUACAUCCCAGAAGUUGUUUACACUGGUGUCUACCCGCCGUAUGCGGGCGGAGGCGGGUUCCUCUACUCUGGCCAUCUGGCCCUGAGGCUGCACAGUAUAACUGACCAGGUCCUUCUCUACCCCAUUGAUGAUGUUUAUACUGGAAUGUGCCUUCAGAAGCUUGGCCUCCUUCCGGAGAAACACAAAGGCUUCAGGACAUUUGAUAUAGAAGAGAAAAACAAGAAUAACAUUUGUUCCUAUCUAGAUUUGAUGUUAGUACACAGCAGGAAACCUCAAGAGAUGAUUGAUAUUUGGUCUCGGUUGCAAAAUGCUCAUUUAAAUUGCUAAAAUGUAUGGAAACAAAAUUUUGCAUAGAAAGACUAUAUCUUGAAUAGUUCCCACGUUAUAUUCUCUCCCAUUAGGGGUAAUGUCUAUGUUAAAUCAUCAAAAUUGCCUUUGUAAGUAGUAUCCAUUUGAGGGCCUUUAAACCCUGCAAUGUGGUACUUUCUAAAGAAGGAAAGCAAAAGAUCCUGAUAUUUUGUGGAGGAUAUGCUGGGGUGAUUGCAUCUGAUCCUUUCUGCUGGCUCAGUGGUAAUUAUUUUCUAAUUUGCUUCCCUUCUCAUCUGGAAUGAUGUCUCUGAAGUUUGACCAUUUUAAGUUAUUUUUGUUUUACCCUCAUUUGAAAAUAUUCCUACUUUCCAUUAUAAUGGGUGAAUUAUCUGCAAUUUAGGUGUUUAUGAACCUAUUGGCUACAAAGACUUUGUUAUACAUGAUUCAGUGGUUUUUGUGAAAUGGAAUUUUAUUUUUUUCUUGUGUUAGUCUAAUCUGUUAAUUUUGCAAAAUGAGAAUCACUGUGUGAUCAUUACCCAGUUUAAUCUUGUAAUGGCCUUAUGGUUAUAAUAAAGAGAAAAUUUAACUGUUCUUGUAUUUGAUUUGGGUGGUAUCAUAAUAGUUCUCUGCUUUUAGUAUUUGAAAAUAAUGUGUACGAUUCCAUAAUGGCCAACUGAAGAUUGAACUGACCCUGGCAACCUUAUUGUGUUUUAUGAUUUUUCAACGUGGACCAGGAAAGUGUAGGUAACUUUUGAACUUCAAGUGAAGUUGCAGACCUUUUCAUGUGAUUUAUCAGUUUAAAAUUCCAUGAUUCUAUUCCUGCUGUAUUUUCACAUGUUGCUUAUACAAAAUGACUCUUCUGACUAGUGACUGCUUCCCUGUCUCGGUGUAGAAGUGCCUGUGCGUUUAUUUAUUGUUCAGAUCAAAGACCAAAACAUUUUCUUAAAUAUAUUUUGUGUAAUAUUUUAUUUGUAUACAGCGUUGUUGAUGAUAUAUUUAACUAGAGCAUGAUAUUUUAAGUGUUAAGGUAUAAUGUGUUAAAUAAAGCUAACUGUUAUUUUGGAAUUUUAAAAAUUCAUUUUGAG